AUGGCUAAGAUUGAGAUAUUGACACUAUCGUCGUUGGCUAGUCUUGCUAUUUCUCCGAAUAGCUUGUAUGUGGUUGCAUAUGGCUGGCUCUUCGGAACGUCGGUCUGGGUCACUUUCUUUGGAGGAGUUAUUGCCUUCAAAGCCCUUCCUCGACAGUAUUUCGGUGCUCUCCAGCACAAGACCUUCCCGAUCUACUUCCUCCAGUCGAUUGCCCUGUCCUCGUUCUUGCUCACCCGAUGGGUAUCUACGCACCCGGACGUCCUGACAUACAUCUCCCGACCAAACGUCGCUGAUGUCGCCCAAGCCUACGCUUUGGGCUCAGUGAUCCUCUUCCAGAGUGCCAACAAGUUUGUCAUUGGCCCUUUGACGAGCAAGACCAUGUUCCAGAGACAGAGGUUGGAGAAGGAGGAAGGCAAGGUCUACAGUGACGCUGGGGUUUCUCCUGCGAUGAAGGCGCUGAACCGGCGUUUCGGAAUCCUGCAUGGCGUGAGCUCAUUGCUCAAUCUUUCCGCCGUCAUCGCGCUGGGCUUCCACGGAUUGUGGAUCGGCAACGCCGGUGUCAAAGGAUACUAG